AUGCAUCUAAGCUCGUUCCUCCCUUCUUUGUUGGCUCUCAGUGGUAUGGCUGCUGCAUUGGCUAUUCCUGAUCCUUUCCUGGAGGCUAGACAAAGCAGCCCUGCCGCUGGUGUUGUCUACACCAAGUGCACCAAGCCUGGCCUCUUCGCUCUUGCCUUUGACGACGGUCCAGGACCAUACACCCAAGAACUCAUCAACACUCUCAAUGCAGCAGGAGCGAAAGCCACCUUCUUCUUCACUGGUACUUUGUACGGCUGUAUCUAUGACAGAGCAGCAGCUGUCAAGGCCGCUUACUCGAGCGGACACCAAGUCGCUUCUCACACCUGGACUCAUCCUCAGACUCUCGAUAGCAUGAGUGUUGCCCAGCUCACCACUGAGAUGCAGAAGCUGGAAAUAGCACUCGUCAACAUCAUUGGUGUCAAGCCCACCUACAUGCGUCCCCCCUACCUCAAGACUGGUGGCAACGUUCCCACCGCCAUGAGAAACCUUGGCUACAGAAUGAUCACCGACAGUGUUGACUCUCAGGACUGGAACGGCCUCUCAGUCUCACAGAGCGAGCAGAGAUUCAAGAGUGCUGGACCGAAGACUCCUGACGGCUUUGGUCACAUUUCCCUUCUUCACGAGACCUACGCCAACACUGUCAGAGAUUUGGUCCCAAGAUUGAUCACUUGGGCCAAGCAGAACAACUUGAAGAUGGUCACUGUUGCUGAGUGCCUCGGAGAUGCAAAUGGUGCCUACGCCAAGGGAACUGGUGGUGGUGCUCAGAAGUGCUAA